AUGUUGAACUCGCUGGAGCGGAGUGAUCACACUGCAUUCGUGGAAGGGAGCUUUCUUUAUGUGUGGGGAGGCUGUAAGUCAGUCUCUGGAACAGAAACACAGUUACCCAGUGAUGAGAUUUGGCUGUGUGAUUUGGAGAGUGGAAUAUGGGAGCGAAGGGGGAUGGAGGGAGAAAUCCCUCCGGCCUUAUCAGGCGCCUGCGGUUCUUAUCACAACGGCACUCUCUACGUGUUUGGAGGGUGUGACCAAAAUGGACACACCAACCAGCUGUACAGUGUUGACCUGCUGGAAGGAUGCUACACCUGGAGGAAAGUGACAGACGCCGGGGGUAACACCCCCUCACCCAGAGACAAACAGUCCUGUUGGGUAAACCGAGACAGGCUCAUCUACUUUGGCGGGUAUGGAUGUAAAACCAUAAGAGAGGUCAACAACUCAAGGAACUUCACAGUCCAUGAAUCAUCCUGGGCAAUGAUUGGGACGGCAUUCUUUAGGUUCUGGGGCUGGAACAGCGAAGUCAACGUAUUUGACACACACACUGCGACGUGGGAAGAACCUGAAACCCAUGGUCAGACCCCAUCUCCUAGAGCCUCCCACACCAGCGCCGCCCUGGGGGACAAAGGUUACAUCUGCGGAGGUCUGGAGGACACUGAUUUGGACAUCCACUGUCUGGAUCUUGACACCUGGAUAUGGACACGGAUUGACUUGCCCUCGUCUUUGGUGCCCGUGGGGCGUUCCAUGCACACCCUGACCCCAGUGUCUGACCACACCCUCUUCUUGUUUGGUGGGCUGAGUAUCACCGGUGAUUCUUUAAGUGCCACCAAUUAG